UGUAUGGUACGGGUACGGUACGGGAUUAGUAGGCACAACCUUGUUACCUGCCCUUUAAAACUCUUCCACGAUGUCUCGAAUUGGCACGUUAAAGAACAGUGUGAGUUUGAUCACUGGUGGAGCAUCAGGACUCGGAAAAGCCACUGCUGAGAGAUUUAUUCGUCAGGGUGGCCGAGUUGUCAUCUGUGACUUACCAAAGUCAGAUGGUAAAAAUGUGGCAGAAAGUUUGGGAAAGGAUUGUGCAUUUGCUCCAACAGAUGUCACAAGUGAAUCCGAUGUAAGUGCAGCUUUAGAAAUGACGAAGGAUAAGUUUGGACCUUUGGAUAAUGUAAUCAAUUGUGCUGGUAUUGGCGUGGCUGUAAGGACAUACAACUUUGCAAAAAGCCAACCUCAUCCACAAGAUCUCUUCAAUAAAGUUUUAUUAACCAAUGUGGCAGGAACAUUCAAUGUGGUACGACUUGCAGCCAGAUAUUUCAAUGAAAAUGAAGGCAAUGCCGAUGAACAGCGUGGAGUUGUUAUAAACACAUCCAGUAUUGCAGCAUUUGAUGGUCAAAUUGGUCAGGCAGCAUAUGCAGCCAGUAAAGGGGCCAUUGCGGCCAUGACACUUCCUCUAGCCCGUGAUCUUCAUGUUCGGGGUAUCAGAGUUGUAACCAUAGCACCAGGACUAUUUUUAACACCACUUCUAGAGAGUUUACCAGAGAAAGUGCGAACAACUUUAGCUAGUCUGACACCAUUUCCAAGACGCCUUGGUCACCCAGAUGAAUAUGCACAUAUGUGUCAAGCUAUCAUUGAAAAUCCAAUGAUGAAUGGUGAAGUUGUUCGAGUUGAUGGUGCAAUAAGGAUGAUGCCGUGAACGAAAUGUAACUGACUGGCAGAAUUAUAGAUAUGUUUUACAAUUCAUAAUCCAGGUGAUCAUGGAACAAUCAGUUAGAUAUUUGCAGUUAUCCAUGUGGUGCAGAAAGACCUGCAUUUGUGAUAUCCAUUUGACUGCAUUUAAGAACCUGGGUUAGAAGUAAUGGGAUCAAAUUCCUGUUUUCAGUCUGAAGCAUUGUUUUGUAUUGAUGCCCCUUUAUAUUUAUGUGAAUUUUUAUGCUGUGAUUUAUUUACUCUGCAGGAAGGACUUUUUUAUAUGGGCAUAUGAAGAAAAAGUACAAUAAUUUUGAUAAGUGUUUUCUUCCUACUAAGAAAGUUUGACAAAUAUCUCUCAACACUGAGAGUUUCCCACACCUCUGUAAAAAUUUGAGAUGUUUUUGAUACUAUAUGAAUACAAAGCAAAAUAAAAGUGAAGUUUU